UUCACUUUCAAACUCAGAACUAAGGCUGCACCAGAGUGACUCCAAAAUGAACAAACUCUUUGGACCGAUGGCAUUAAUUCUGUCCUGUGGCUUUUUACUUCUUGCCAGUAAGCAGAUCAGUGCUGCAGCACAUUUAGACAUCCCAGCUUCCUUUAAGGCUGAAAAGACUUCACAAGAGAUCCUUGCAUUCAAGGCAGACAAUGGACAUUUCUGGAGUGUAGUUAAUUAUGAUGACAGAAACAACAUUGAAGCAGUAAAAUCCAGCCUUGACCAGUUCUCUCAAUUUCUGGUGUUUCCAGCUUCAAAUGGAAAAAUUUAUAUUAAGACUCCUCAUGACAAAUACCUUAGCCGUAUCCAUCGCAGUGGCAUUGACUACAUAGAGCCAGCCAAAGAUACAGCAGAUGUUUUUUGUGAGUUCCAGCUGUUUAUCCAGGAAGGGAAGAUGGUUCUCAAGGCUGACAAUGGCAAGUACUUAAGUCGCGUCAACAGGUUGAGCAAAGACAAUAUCGAAGCAGCAAAAGAACAAAUUGAUGAGUUUUGUUUGUUUGAAGUGGUUGAAUUUAAGGUAGUUCCCUUUGGAAUACUGGAACUUUUCAUAAAUAACAAAGCUCCUAUCGCAUUCAAAACUGAUUUGGGACACUUCUGGAGUGUUAGUGAUGGAAAUAUAAAGACAAUUGAAGCUCCACACUUGACUAUGACUCCCAGUGCAAAAUUCUUUGUUGAAAAGGGACCAUCAGGAAGGAUACUUCUCAAAACUCCACAGAACAAGUACCUGAGUCGUAUCCAUCGUAAUGGUAUUGACUAUAUAGAAGCUGCUAAAGAUGAACCAGAUGUCUUCUGUGAAUUUAUUGUGAUUCAGUCCUAUACGAUGGCUCUUCAGGCUGACAACGGCAAAUAUUUAAGCCGCAUCCGCUGGGGAUCUCGUGAUACUAUUGAGGCAGCAAAGCAAAAUAUUGAUGUGUUUUGUUACUUUGAUGUAGUCCCAUACAGUGAAUAAUAUGUAUGAAAGAUUAUAGUUUUCUGCCAUGGCUUUCUUGUUUUAGAGGACUCUCUCAUUUCUUUUCCUGAAAAUCUGUACUGAGUUAUGUAUAUGGUGUUUUUUUCUAGAGUGGUAUUUAAAUAGUUAACCUGUCAUGUUAAUCCCUGAAUUUUGACUUGGGAAACACAUUAUGAAAACUCACUGAUACUGGAUGUGGUGACUUGUAUUCAGGCACUUUUAAGGUAGAAGCUUCUUUAUUAAAAUGCUCUUACAUGGA